UCGGGAGCUCAACUGGCUUAGCUUCAAAAUGUGUCUUGGUUUGAUGGAUAACUACUUUGCGUAAUACACAAGAAAUCUCUCCAUCAGAACCUUCUGGCUCUUUAUCUGUAAUUUGUAUAUUGCCCCCUUCCCUCUCAAGUAUUCUUCCCUUCCACCUAACCAAGUAAAAACGACUCGGCAGCAGAGGCCAGUGAGAGUUUCUGCCUCUCUAUAAGUCUGAGUUUGGUCUUCAAUACCUUUACAACAAGAAAGAGCCAAAAAUUAAGCAAAACUAAUAAUUUGGGCUUGGCAUUGAGUAAGAGGUAGAGAUAAUUAUUGGAGAUGGUGCCAUGGAUUAAAAUCCUAAUGCUUUUAGCAGCUUGCUUUUGGUUUCCAGCUUCAGUAGAGUGCAUGGUUCGGCACUACAAGUUCAAUGUGGUGUUGAAAAAUACAACAAGAUUGUGCUCAACCAAGCCUAUUGUCACUGUGAACGGGCUCUACCCUGGUCCCACUUUAGUUGCUAGAGAGGAUGACAGAAUUCUUGUCAAAGUGGUCAAUCAUGUCAAAUACAAUCUCUCCAUCCACUGGCAUGGGAUCAGGCAAAUACGUACCGGUUGGGCGGAUGGGCCGGCAUAUAUAACCCAAUGCCCGAUUCAACCAGGGCAGACCUUUGUGUACAACUUCACCAUCACUGGUCAAAGGGGCACCCUUUGGUGGCACGCACAUAUCCUCUGGCUAAGGGUCACCGUCCAUGGUGCUAUAGUUAUCUUGCCCAAGCGUGGUGUUCCUUAUCCUUUCCCCAAACCCCACAACGAACAGAUUGUUAUCUUAAGUGAAUGGUGGAAAUCAGAUGUUGAAGCCGUCAUCAAUGAAGCUUUGAAAUCUGGCCUGGCCCCGAAUGUCUCUGAUGCUCACACCAUCAAUGGCCGCCCAGGACCUGUCUCAGGCUGCCCUUCGCAGGGAUAUACCUUGCCAGUAAAACCAGGAAAGACAUACAUGCUUCGAAUCAUCAACGCUGCACUGAAUGAAGAACUCUUUUUUAAAAUUGCCGGUCAUCAACUCACUGUUGUCGAAGUUGAUGCCACGUACGUGAAACCCUUCAAAACGGACACCAUUGUUAUAGCCCCAGGGCAGACCACAAAUGUGCUCCUAAAAGCCAACCGUGGCGCAGGAAAGUAUUUGGUUGCAGCCUCACCUUUCAUGGACGCACCCAUUGCGGUAGAUAACGUGACUGCCACUGCCACCUUAGACUACUCAGGUUCUCUUACAAGUACUGUCACCACUCUCACAUCACCCCCUCCCAAAAACGAUACCUUGGUAGCAAACAAUUUUAUCAACGCACUACGAAGCCUGAAUUCUAAACAAUAUCCUGCUAAUGUUCCUUUAAAGAUUGAUCAUUCCCUUCUUUUCACCGUUGGCCUUGGGAUUAACCCUUGCUCCACGUGCAUUAAUGGAAGCCGUGUCGUGGCUUCUAUUAACAAUGUUACUUUUGUUAUGCCAAAAAUCUCUCUACUUCAAGCCCAUUUCUUCAACAUAAGCGGAGUUUUUACUAAUGAUUUCCCUGGAAAUCCUCCUGUUCCAUUUAACUACACAAGCUCACAACUAACCAACUUUGCGACCAAACAAGGAACAAAACUAUACAGACUUGCUUAUAACGCCACCGUGCAGCUAGUCUUGCAAGAUACAGGGAUGAUUACCCCGGAGAACCACCCUGUUCAUUUGCAUGGAUUCAACUUCUUUGAGGUUGGAAGGGGAUUGGGGAAUUUCAACCCCACAAAGGAUCCUAAAAAGUUCAAUCUUGUUGAUCCUGUUGAGAGGAACACAGUUGGAGUUCCAUCUGGUGGAUGGACUGCUAUAAGGUUCAGGGCAGACAAUCCAGGGGUUUGGUUCAUGCAUUGCCAUUUGGAAGUGCAUACGACUUGGGGGCUCAAGAUGGCAUUCGUAGUGGACAAUGGAAAAGGCCCAAAUGAAUCUCUUCUACCGCCUCCCAGUGACCUCCCCAAGUGCUAGAGAAAAAUCCCAGAACAAAAACGAUGAGAAGUGCAAAAAUAGCUGAAGAAAGCAAACAAAAGAAAUGGAAGAUUUACAGAGCGGCUGAAAGCUAAUAUAGCCUAACACUAAUAAGAAGAGUUCUUUUUGAGCAAGCCAAGGAAAGUUGCUCCAUAUUGAAUAAAAGUCAGCUGAAUUUCUUUUUUCUUAUUUCAAAUAUGGUUUCUAUAUAUACAAUAUGGCCUACAAGUUUGAGUUACAAAGUUGUGCAUAUAUGCUGCUAAUUUAGUGAUUCUAAAUGUUUAUUGUAUUAAAAAAUCCUGUUUUAAAUGAAGAUUAAGUGUUGUGAUCCACUUAUAAAAAAUAA